CGAGCCUGAUAGGACAAACGUCUGGGCAGCACUUUAGCAGUCAAAAGCCACAACGAGGGACACGAUGGCGCAGCGCAUGGUGUUCAACGCACGCAUAAUUGGAGCUGUCCACAGAGACUCUCCCAAACUCAAGAUGUUUAUGCUGUCUGUGAUGUGGUCAGACGAGAGUGAAGUGAUUGUCUACAGGUCCUUUCAAGAUUUUAAAAAAUUUCACAGACAACUGAAAAAGAGAUUCCCUCACUUCAAUCCUCUGCGUAGAAAGGACAGACUCAUCCCUAAAUUCAAUGGUGAGGCAAGGAAGGCCAAUCUGCAGCAGAAGGGCUCCAAGCGCUCCAUUAGACGCAUGAGGUGUCUGGAGAACUACUGUGCUCAGCUCCUCAAAUGUGAUGAGAGUGUGACCAGGAGUUCAGAAGUCACUCAAUUCUUCACGCCGAAAGACCAUGAUCUGCAGCCAGACUUCACCAAAAACAGCGUUCUUGUGAUGAUGUCCGAUGACUUGCCUGAUGCAAAUGGUGGAGGAUCUAAGGGGCACCAGUCUAUUGCCAAUGUCAGUCACCCUUUUGUCACCCAAACGUAUGUCUGUGUGGCCCCCUACGAGACCAAAGACACCAAGAACCGACCCUUCAAAGUGGCUGCAGAUGAGAAGCUGGAUGUUCUCAUUAAAGACCCUGCUGGCUGGUGGCUGGUGGAGAACGAGGAGAAACGUGUAGCCUGGUUUCCUGCUCCCUAUCUGGAGUUACUGGAUGAAGCGGAGGGAGAGGAUGCUGCAUGCCCUGCUGGAGGAUCUCUGUACAUCGCUGUGAGGAAAUACUCCACUCAAAAGGCCGAUGAGGUGUCUGUGAACAUCGGCAAUGUGGUGGAGGUGCUGCGGAAGUCUGACAAUGGCUGGUGGCUCAUCAGAUUUAAUGGUAAAGCCGGCUACAUCCCGUCCAUGUACCUGCAGCCAUAUAACAACCCUCGUGCUGGUCUCUUCAGCCUCCAGACGAAGCUCCACAGCUCCACUCUGAACCUGGCUUCCAUGGGGCCCCAGACCCCCCAGUUCCCCAGCAUCAGUGAGGAAGAGGAAGACUAUGAGCCCAGUGGGCAACUUCAUAAGGCCCGCUCCUUGGACAUCCUGUCUGAGAGCUGGACCCAGAGGCCCCAGGACCAAUCUGACCAACGCACGCGCAGCAGCAGUAACACCAGCCAAGAGUUCAGUUUGGAGCUGAGCCGAGGCCCCGCACCUGAGCCAGCCCCUCGCCGAAACUCCAACAUCAGCACUGGCACCUUCAGCUCCCUGAGUUCCACAGUCAGCUCUGAUAGUAGCUCCACACUCAACUCUGAGAGCAGCUCCAGGAGCGGUGCUGAGAGCAGCUCGUCCCAGGCCCCUCAAGUCCCAGUGCGCCCCAAGACAGAGGUGAUCCUGAGCCGCUGCACCACCAUGACCCGGAAGGCUGCUCUGUCCUCCCAGGCCCGCCUGCAGGGGCAGCCCUCUGCAGUAUAUGCACGAUAGACCAGAUGCGAUCUGUCCCUGUUUUUACUCAAUAUGGAUCACUCUUCUUAGCCAGAUUUUUAACAAAAAGACAUUUAAACACUGUUAUGUUGAUGUAUUUAACCCUCUUGGGCUGUAGCUUCAAUGAAGCAUACUGAGUAUAGUAUUUCUUACAAUAGCUUGUUAUUUUUUUCUAUCUAAUCAGAUUAUCAUAUCUAUGUUCACACAGUAUUGUGUUCACCUGUCAUUAUACAAACAUCAUGUCAAUGAGUCACUUUCUAAUGUGGUUUAGUCAAACUCUGAACUAUUGUAUGUUUGUGUGUUUGACGACCACACUGUUAAACUGUUAAACUGGUUUGACUCGCUCAUACAUAAAAUGUCUGCUGAUA